AUGGUUCCAAAGAAAGAAAUUGGUGCUCUUAACUUUCUUAACAAAUACCCAGAUUACAAUGGUCAAGGAAUUACAAUUGCUAUCCUUGAUACUGGUGUCGACCCUGGUGCUUUGGGACUGCAGGAGACCCCUGAUGGCCGACCAAAGAUUAUAGAUAUCAUCGAUACAACGGGAAGUGGUGAUGUUGAUAUGAGCGUGGUGGUUACUCCUGAUGAAGAUGGUUGUGUCCAAGGAUUGACUGGAAGAAAGUUAAAGAUUCCUACUUCAUGGAACAACCCAAAUGGAAAAUUUAACAUUGGCAUAAAAAAUUUGCACCAGAUUUUCCCUAAAGGUCUAAAGGAUCGGCUGACAAAGGAAGACAAAGAAAUUGGUUGGGAAAGAUCACAUAAACUAAAGACAGCAAUGGCGAUGGCAAAACUGAAUGAUUUUAUCGCAAAUGAUAAUGAUUCAUUACCGGAUAAGAAAAUGCAAAAAGAGAACCUUCAAGCUGCCGUUGAUUUUUUAGAUAAAGUUGACAAAAAUUGGAGUGACCCUGGCCCAGUUGCUGACUGCAUAGUUUUCCAUGACGGCAAUACUUUUCAGGCCUGUGUGGAUAUCAGUCUUUGUGGUGACCUCCAGUCUGCCCCUCUACUUACAAGCUACAGUGAGUCACAGAAGUUUGCGACCAUCAGUCGAGCUGCCAUGCUUAAUUAUUCAGUGAAUAUUUAUGAAGAGGGGAAGGUGCUUUGUAUUGUUGCUAAUGGGGGAUCGCAUGGGACGCACGUUGCAGCCAUUACAGCUGGUUAUUUUCCUGAAGAACCAGAAAGAAAUGGGCUUGCACCAGGAGCACAAAUUGUGGCCAUUAAAAUCGGUGAUUCCAGACUUGCAACCAUGGAAACUGGAACUGGAAUUAUCCGUGGUAUCACAGAAGCUGUGAAGCAUGGCUGCCAUCUUGCUAACCUGAGUUAUGGAGAAGCUAGCCAUUGGCCGGGUAGUGGGAAAAUUUGUGAAGUGAUGGAUCAAGCAGUCACCAAACACAACCUGAUCAUUGUUUCGAGUGCUGGGAAUAAUGGACCAUGUCUCUCCACUGUCGGUUCACCUGGUGGUACAACUGAAAACAUUAUUGGUGUUGGUGCUUGGGUUUCUUCUGAAAUGAUGACAGCUGAAUAUUCAAUGACAGAAAAACUUCCUUCAAACCAAUAUACCUGGUCGUCCCGAGGACCAUGCACAAAUGGAGCACUGGGUGUAAGUAUUUCAGCACCGGGUGGAGCUAUAACUUCAGUGCCGAACUGGACAUUACAAGGAUCACAAUUAAUGAACGGAACUUCCAUGUCAUCUCCUAAUGCGUGUGGCGCAAUUGCAUUGAUUCUUUCAGGAUUGAAAGGAAGAGACAUCUCAUACACCCCGUACAGUAUUAGAAGGGCAUUGGAAAACACAGCGUUCAAACAAGAGAAUGUUGAAAUAUUUGCACAAGGUUUCGGCCUCGUUCAGGUAAACGAAUGUUUUGACUACCUCACAAAAUAUGCCGACUUCCCAGACAACAAAAUCUCUUUCACUGUUUCGUUACCAAAGAACAAGAAAGGUGUUUAUUUACGCUCAAUGGAAGAAGCUUCAGUGGCGCACACAGUGUUUGUGACUGUUGAACCAAAGUAUCAUCACACAGCUGGUCCUGAAGAGAAAAUAGACUUCCGUUGUCACAUGGCUGUCUGUAGUAGUCAGCCAUGGGUUGUUGUUCCAACACACUUUGAGUUGAUGAACAUGGCUCGUGGUUUCAGUAUUAAAGUUGACCCACGCGGGUUACCACCGGGAGCGCACUUUGCACAGGUCCAAGGUUUUGACACACAGUCGCCACAUAGAGGUCCCUUAUUCUCUGUCCCUGUCACUGUGAUAAAGAUGGAGACUGUACAGAAGUCACUGGAGUACAAGAAGAAUGUUGAUAAUCAAGUUUUUAAGCCCGGCCAGAUCAGUCGGCAUUUUAUACAAGUUCCUGAGGGCGCAACAUGGGCAGAACUGAGGAUGUUCAACCAUUCCAAGGAACAAUCGUCUAGAUUUGUUCUGCAUUGCAUUCAGUUACACGAGCAGAGGGCGUUCCGCGAACAUGAGUUUUACAAAUUCGUCACGAUCAUUUCUUCCAGCUCCACUGAACAAGCUUUUCCUGUCCAAGGAGGGAUGUGUCUUGAGUUGUGUGUGGCACGAUGGUGGUCGAACAUUGGUGACGUGUCCGUGUCAUAUAACGUUGAAUUCCAUGGAGUGAAUCCUUCAGAUAAAUUCAUCACCAUGCAUGCUGUGGAUGGCAUCCACCGGUUGGAGCUAAAGAGUCUUCUCUUGGAAGAAAUAUCUCCAACAGUUUCAUUGAAGCACAUCGUGCAACCUGUGCGCCCUGUCGAGCACAAUAUUCGUCCUCUAACUUCACGGGAUAUGCUGUUGGGAGAGAAACCAAUAUAUGAGAUGGUCAACACAUACAAUGUGCACAUGACUAAGGCAACCGAUGUUAUCAUAUCGUUUCCCAUCAUGUCCGAUCUCUUGUAUGAGAAUGAAUACAACAGUCAAUUAUGGCUGCUGUUUAAUUCAAACAAAUGUUUGGUCGCUGCAGGAGAUGCUUACCCAGAUCAUUAUGGCUGCAAACUUGAGAAAGGAGAGUACACAGUGCGCUUGCAAGUUACCCAGGAAAGCAGGGAAGCUUUACAACGAUUGAAGGACGCAGCUAUGUCUGUGAAAUGUAAACUUCCAUCUGCUAUCACACUUGAUGUGUUGUCCACUCAUCGUGAUGCUUUGAUGGGCGGCACAAGGAUGAACAGCACGAUCUCACCUGGAUGUACUCUUCCUGUGUAUAUUGCUCCUAUACCCGAUGAUAAAAUUCCAAAGAAUUGCUGCAGUGGUCACUAUCUUACUGGUUGUCUGAGUUUAGCAAAAGGAGAAUUGGGGAAAAAGGCGGAAAAAUUUUGCAGAAAACGACAAGGAAAGAGUGCGCAGGUCACUUAUCCCUUCAACUAUGUCCUUAUUGAUCAACCAACUAAAACAAAGUCAACAAAAGGGAAUAAAAAGUCGGGAAAGGUCGGCCAGCUUGCGAAAAGCAAUGUUGAAAAGUCUAAUGAAGAUAUGAGGGACUUACAAAUUACAUGCAUGACCAAAUAUGAACAAGUAGAUUUCUUUGAUAAACUUGUGGGGGAAUGGCCUGACCAUAUUCCAGUAUACCUUGCAAAACUACAAGUACUAGAGGCAGCCAAGACCAGGGACGAAAAUUUGGAUGAAAUUAUUGGAAUAGCUAAUGAUGUCAUAAUGAGGAUAAACGCAGAGUCGUUGGCCGCCAAACUUGGAAUUAAAAUUGAUCCGAGAGCAGAUGCUGCUGCCACUAAAAGCGAAACAGAGAAACAGAAGAAUUUCAUGAUCAGUGCGUUGGUGUAUAAAGGAUGUGCACUUGCUGAUAAAAUAAUUCAACUCAAUCAGAAACAUGGGAAACCAGGUGACCACGAGGAUGGAGCAGAAGGUGACCAAGAAAAUGAGGUUGGCAAUGCAAUGCUUGGUGAUUUGAAAUCUACGUAUGAACAACUGCUUAUGUUUGCUGACAUCACAGAUACUAAAGUGCUACCAUUCAUCUACAAACAUGCUAUGGCAUUGGAAUUGUAUGGAACCGCUGCUAAAACACUUCUUCGACAAUUAGAUGAUAAAACUUUAAAAGAAACCGAUUUAAAACUGAUUGAGGUUUGCCGGCUUUUGGAAUGGAACCAUAUUGCUCAGCAUAUUGAAAAUUGUUUGCCAGUGAAAUAUCCCUCAAGCUACAUUCCUUUUUAACCAGACUUUUAUCCAAAGCAGUAUAACGAUAUAAAAGACAUCCAUUCUUAAUUCAAGCUUAAUGCUCAAGACGUAGAAAAAGUUACGCAUUGUGUCGUAUUUUUAUUCCUUAAGUGUUUUAAUGUUAGAAGCAAUUCAAUUGUCACCCUCGUUCCGUGUGUGUGUGUUUAAAACAGCAAGAUUUUGUUAAUGUUUGUGGCUGUCAGCAAUCAAAAAAAUUUCAGUGACAUUUUUUUACUGAGUUUUGAGUUUUAAAAUGUUUUAUGCACUUUCUAUUUCAGUGGUUUCUAAUAAUAACAGCAGCUGUGUUGUGAUUGGGUCAAAUAAAUUUUAGUAUGCUUCUGA